CAGGUGGCAGCACCAGCCCAAGGCAAACAAAGACAAAACGCAAAUUUCAUAUGUAAAUUGAAGUAAUCGAGUUGUACGUGCCCAAAAUGAGCUCUUGGCGCGACAGUCUCACUAGCUUGCCAGGCGCUGUUGCGCAAUUUGUCAAUGACAGUGCAUCAACGGCAUCCAGCUAUCUGCACUCGCAGUCGUGCACAUCUGGAUCCGAGGAGAGCGCUCCUCAGCACUCGGAUUACAAGGCGUUGCCUAUUCCCGCAUCGCUGGUGAAGGAACAGUGGCGUCUAAUCUUCACCUCGGAUGCAAAUAUCCAAGACCUGCAGGCUGCCAUUGCCCAUUGCCGGGAUUUGGUGCUGUUGAGCGAUGAAUGCAGCGAGGAGCGUCGAUGGCUGGUGCGUCAUUUAAUCGACUUGCGAUACUCGCUCCAGGAGCUGGAGGAAGCCCAGGCGCAUGUUGGCGACGAUGUGGUAUUGAUGAGUGCCAUCAAAUCUGUGGUUGGACACCACUUUGUGCCACAUUAUCCCAGCACACGCAAUCGUUUGCAAGCAGCUGCUAAGCGUUAUUAUUGUGAUUACUGUACGGGAAUUAUUUGGCGGGUUGUUCAGGCUGCCUACAUAUGUAGUGACUGCAGUUAUCUGGUGCAUCAAAAGUGCAUCGACAGUGUACAGCGUGUAUGUGCCCAUGUCCUUGCCUCGGAACGUCAGUAUCCCAUCUCCGAAAUCUGUCCAGAGAUUGGACUUUCCGAGCAGCGCUACAAAUGUGCCGAGUGCUCAACGUUGCUGAAUUUCAAGAACUCUUGGAUUGAGCCCCGCCUGUGUGAUUACCGAGGCCUUUACUACUGUCCAUCAUGCCACUGGAACGAUAGCUUCAUAGUUCCAGCCAGAAUAGUACACAACUGGGAUUUUACACCGCGCAGAGUGUCGCGCACUGGCCUGCAGGAGAUUCAGCUGUUCCUAGACAAGCCACUCAUUCGACUGGAGGAGGAAAAUCCCAAGUUGUUUGUGUUUCUCGAGAAGCUAUGCGCCGUCAAGAAAUUAAGGCAGAACUUAGUGCACAUGCGGCACUAUCUGGCCGCCUGCAAGAUCGCCGUGGAGCAGAAGAUUGUGGACCAACAACUGGGCGGUCGCCGUCAUUUGGCGCAGUCCAAUGAGUUCUACUCACUUAGGGAUCUCAUUCAAGUUGAGUCGGGUGCCUUAGCCGAUUUCCUGCAGAGUGUCUUCAGAGUCUUUGGCGCCCACAUACGUGCCUGUGACAUGUGCCUGGCUAAGGCCUAUAUCUGUGAGAUUUGCAGCAACAACGAGGUCAUCUUCCCCUUCGACGAUGGUUGCAUCAAAUGCGAUCAAUGUAACUCGAUUUACCAUCGCGUCUGCUUGACCCGCAAGAACAUGAUCUGCCCCAAGUGCGUGCGAAUCCAGGAGCGUCGAUUGCAGCUGGAUCGCUCGACGAGCAGGCAAACGGACAAUGAAAAUGCUAACAGUGCCAACGAAUCCUCCGAUGCAGUGCAGCCGACGGAUACAACUACAUAGUACAGCCGAUCACUUUAAAUUAUCUUUGUUUUUAAACUCGUAUCUGUGUAACAUUGUUUUUAA